AGAAGUGCUCACAAGCAAUGCGUUGGCACUUCAUCACUCCCAAAGCUUUCACUCGGAGGAUCCGAACCACUCAUGGUGGCAACAGCUGGACCGGAGAAGUGUGUUCCUACUGAAGGCAUCAAACGACUUGGGCGGUCAGAAUUAGGGCCCCAUGCGCAUGAAAAACAAAUGCCCUCGUGGUUGCGAAGAGUGCUUGAAAAAGGUCCUAAGUCGAUUUUGACCAACACUCUAUCUGCGAAUGAUGCACUUCGAAAGGCGGAAACCUUUGAGAACGAGGUGACGGACGUGAUCUUUGUGCUUGCUCGGUUAUGUGAUCGUGAUAAAUCUGUCCAGCGUGCCUUCUUCUGUAGCUCCAUGGUUCACCAAAUCUCAAAAAUGCCUAGGGAAGGCGGCUUUUGUGGCUACAGGAAUAUCCAGAUGCUAAUCACUUAUAUCAAGAACACUCGAUUGCCAGGGCAUGAGUGGUUCUCUGGGGAAUUGCCUACAAUCCUUCAGCUCCAGGAUAUGAUUGAGAAUGCAUGGGACAAGGGAUUCAACAGUGUAGGAAGAAUUGAAACUGGUGGCAUUCGGGGAACCAGAAAAUAUAUUGGCACACCCGAGGCUCAAGCGCUGUUUUCAAGUCUCGGAAUACUCUGCGUAGCCAAUAGCAUUGGACCCACGGAGAGCAUGCGAGCCCAUGAUGCAUUGUUCAUGAAUGUUGCUUCCUAUUUCCGGGGCACACGCAACCUGGAGAGGGAAGAUAAGGUCAUCUCUACCGACUUACCGCCCAUCUAUUUUCAGCACCAGGGACACUCCAUGACAAUUAUUGGGUUCGAAAUUCGUGAUAAUGGAAGUGCAAACUUAUUGGUUUUCGACCCGAUGUUCAAAGCUCCUCCUGCAAUCAAGCGACUAAAAGACACUCCAGGGUUGAACCCCGACCCUGCCAGAAUUCUCAAAGGAUACAGGCGCGGGACGGCAUACCUACAAAAAUAUACCGCAUUCGAACUUCUCAAACUCCAAGCCACCUGCCAAACUUGAAGGCUCGCCAUAUACCAUGGAGGUCUAUAGGGAUAGCCUCGAAUCUAAGUAGACUAUUCAGUCACAAAUCAUCAAUGGUUUAGC